AUGGACAAAGAACAGUGGAUAUAUGAUAGUAUCAUGUCUGAAGAAGUUGAUAUGAAUGUUGAAAAUGAAGAAGAAGCUGGUGUGAAAGUAAAACACAUUGAUUGCUCUGAUGCCUUUAAUACUUCUCAAUUGUUUGUUACCCAUGAUGAAGUUUUACAUUGGGCUCAAUCAGUGGCUCAUGAAAUUGGAUUUAUUGCAGUGAUAAUGAGGUCAGACACAAAUGCUGGUGUUAGAAGGGCCUCAUUUUUGUUAAUAGCUUGCGAAAGGAGUGGUGAGUAUAGGCCUAAGAAGAAUGAUUUGGUAAGAACAUUCAUUGGCAGUAGAAAAUGUGGAUGCCCAUUUAAGUUGCGUGCGAAGCUAGUUUUGGGAAGAGAAAGAUGGAUGGUGAAGUUAAUUUGUGGGGUUCCCAAUCUUGAAAUGGCAAAGUCAUUUGUUAGGCAUCCAUAUAUGGGUCGACUGACUAAAGAUGAGAAGAUUGUUGUUGUUGAUAUGACGAAGUCCAUGGUGAAGCCAAGAAAUAUUCUUUUGACGUUGAAGGAUCACAACACCAACAGUUAUACAACAGUCAAACAAAUUUACAAUGGCAGACAUGCUUACCGUUCUUUCAUAAGGAGUAACACUGAAAUGCAACAACUCAUGAUGUUGCUUGACCGAGAUCAAUGUAUUCACUGA